CGUGGCACAGUGCCUCCUCCGCCUUGUGGCUCCUCGGAACACGCAUUCAUUCUCAGCACUUUCAGCUCUCCUGUAACGAAGGUCCCUUCGGCAGCCAUGACUACCGUCACCGUCGGAUUGUUGGCAGGGACCGCAGGCGGCGCAGGACUCGCCGGUCUGGCCGUCGCAGGAGCUGUAGGUUUGGGCGUCCUGGGCUUGGCCGCCCUCGCCUCCAGAGGCGGAAGGCGCAGGCAUCGUGGUGGAAGGAGGAGGCAUCACCACCGCGGGCGUCGCUCCUCCGUGGAGGUGGACACCGAGUGGAGGAUGCAGAACGCCCUCGAGUUGGUGCGGGCGGAGGACGUGACAGGAUGUGGCAUGAGGCUGGUGUGCGAACUGGCCAGCCAGGAGGAACAGGAUCUGGUAGAGGAGGAGCUGGCCAUCUUGGCAUUGCUUGGACCCGACGUGAAGCCCGGAGAGGGAGUCCUCCCCCCCGGGGGCGCCAGGGGAGAGUACCUGCAGGCCAGGAGCUUCGGCGGACGAGGCGGGGACUGCGGUGCCGCCUUCCCCAUGUGUCCACUCAACGGCACACAGCUCAUGGACACCGUCAUGGCCUACCUGCCCUGAGACAUUCCUGCCGUGCUCGCCCUCUGCCUCAUGCUCCCUCACAUACAUACAUUUUUGCUUUUCAUUGUCAUCAAAGAACCCAAAUUUUCAAGACGAUAAAUAAAGUCCGACCAAUAAUG